UAGGAAUGUUUAUCGUCGUAGUUGUUCUUCUCAAUUUCUUCUUCUUCUUGUGAUAGUCUUCCUUGAGAAUCAUUCAUGGAGGUUUCAGUUCGUUCGAAGUUAGUGAAUCAACAAAGGAUGAAAAAGAGCAUUACCAGAGAAACCACCGGCUUUUUCAGUGAUGAUGAGUUUGAGGUUGCUGAAAUCCUGCUCAAAUUACCACAGUUGAUAACCCAAGAGAAACAAGAUUGUGUCUUUCCAUUCUCUUGGGGUGUUAAAAAAAAGCGAUCUGGAAUCGAUUUGAGCCCAUCACCUCCCCGUCAUCCUCCGUCUCCACGUCCAUUAACUCCUCUGCUUCCUGAUUCCUGCAAUGGCUGCAAAUCCAGCAUCAAGGUUGAGUCUAACAGUCCUGCAACCCCUCUUUCUUCUAACAGUCCUGCAACCCCUCUUUCUUUCUCGCCUAGUGAAUCCGAAUCCAAGCCAGGUGUUGUUUUAAGGAGAAAGAAGAUGACUAAGCAGGAUAUGCUUGAAGUCAUAGAGAGUUUAACAGAAAAUAUAAAAAUACUGAAACAAGAAAUCCCAAAGGCGAGGGCUCACUAUGAGACAUUGAAACAUACUAAUUCAAUGUUAAAACAAAUGGAAAGAAAGCUAAUUUCUUCCGAGAAACCAGAGGAUCCCAAUUUGAAUUCCAGUCCAGAACCAAUCACUGGUCCUGCUUUGGAAGAAUUCCCCUCUCAAGCUUCAGCUGAAGAAGAAGAAGAAGAAGAAGGGUCAUUCCGGGUUCUUGAGCAGGAAAAGGCGGAAGUGGGGCCUUCGGUGAGUUACAGUUCUAAAGAACCAAACGAACUGAAAGAGCAGUACAAUGUGAUGUUAUCUGGAAUUGGGUUGGGGAUCGCGAAGCAAUUGGGCACGAUUGGUCUCUCCAAUCUCAACUUAUCGAUGGAGUCAUCCUUUAGUAUAGAUUAUCUUCGCUUAUAUGAUCUACACAAGGCAGCCAUUGCAGCUGAGGCGAGAAAAAAAAGAAUUGAGAUCAACAGAAAAAAAAGCUCCAUGGGCUCUAUAAAACCACGUUGCAGAUGAUGAUCAAUCGUUGAUUUCCUUUUUCUUCCUUCCCAAAAUUUUAUAAUACAAUAUUAAUCGGCUACUGAGAUUAUAAUUUCUCGUUUUCCAAUUUUGUAGUUCUCUGUGAAUAUGAAGGAAGUUUGAGGAGAUUUCCUCCAUUUAAGAUUCUUGUUUUGCUACCUAGAGAAAGUGAUCCUAUGUUAGGCAGUCAGUAUAAUGUAACCUUGCUGUGUAGGAAUUUGUCAAUUAAGGUGUCUUUGAGAUUC